CAGAGUUUAGCCCUAGACUCGAGUAGAGAGCAGUGACAUAGAGAGAUCUGAUCCAAACUCCAAAGGUAGAGAUGAGUGAGAGUGAGAAGCAGAGGGUAACCGGCAAGGUCAAGUGGUUCAAUGACCAGAAGGGCUUCGGCUUCAUAACCACCGACGACGGCGGCGAGGAUCUCUUCGUCCACCAGUCCUCCAUCCGAUCCGACGGUUUCCGCAGCCUCGCCCUCGGUGAGUCCGUCGAGUUCGUUAUCGACUCCGAUCCGGAAGGCCGCACCAAGGCGGUCGAUGUCACCGGUCCUGACGAGACGCCAGUCCAGGGCACCCGCGGCGGCGGCGGCGGAGGAGGAGGAGGAGGAGCAAGAGGUGGAUACGGCGGCGGUGGAGGAGGAGGAAGAGGCUACGGCGGAGGCCGCGGCGGGAGAGGUGGCUACGGAGGCGGAGGUGGAGGCGGAGGCGGAUAUGGAGGUGGUGGCUACGGAGGCGGUGGAUACGGAGGUGGCUGCUACAAGUGUGGUGAGACUGGUCACAUAGCUAGGGACUGCAGCCAAGGUGGCGGCGGCGGCGGUGGAAGGUACGGCGGAGGUGGUGGAGGAGGCGGCGGGAGCUGCUACAACUGUGGGGAGUCCGGGCAUUUUGCGAGGGACUGCCCUUCGAAUGCUCGUUGAUAUAGUGGUCGUAAAUGGGUGGGGCCUUGCAUUUGUGUUUUUGUGCUUUUUAAUUUUAAUUUUAAUUUUAAUUUUAAUUUUAAUUUGAGGAUUCUGGUUUAGAAACAGGGUUAGCUAGGGUGUGGCUUCCUUGCGUUUUUUGUUUUUACAUUACAAGCGUUUAUUGGAUUGUCUUUCGGGGUUUAGGGAUAGGAGGGGUUUGCCCAUGUUCUCAACAUCAUCCAUUGGCUUAAUAUACUCUCUUUCCUCCUGUUAAAUACGCAUCCUGAAUCUUCUCUGCCUUAUUGUUUCAAAUCUUAAAUGCUUGCUCUGCUCUUUGGAAAUGUAGAUUUCAUGUUUCUUA